AACACCGCAGAUCCGCGGAUCGAAUAUACGAAAAAUAAUCUAAAUAUAAUUUAAAAAAUUCUCCCGAAAAAGCAAAAACCGGUUUCGGCGUCUUGCUGAGAAAAAUAUAGUCUUGUUUUUCGUUAUUUAGCAGUGAAAAUAGCAAAACGAGACACCGGCACUCUUCAAUAAGAUCGGGAAAAAGAGAGACAGAGGGGCAAAUCCGCGAUUUUUCUCUUCCUUUUGUUACAGCCAGUUUUGUAGCGGACAAGUUCUACAUACACGUUGCUAUUUUACAUGUAUCGUAUAUUGCAAACCGUGAAACCACACAAACACAACUAAACUAAUUGCAAGAUAUAUGGGAGGAUGCACAAUCGAGUGUGUCCGUGUUCGUGCACUAGGUCCUUAUCAAGUGAGUUUCCGACCUUAUCAUUUGACAGAUUGUCGGCACGUUUACUCGGAUUCGUUCCACGUGAAGUUUUGUUCGAAGUCAUGUUCGAAUGUUUUUCUCGAGUGUGAUUCUUAAAGUCGGAGUGGCUUUAAACUGCUGUGCAUGGGUGAGUCCCUCCCUCCUCCCAAGAAUGGCGGGGAAGGAUGGGAAGGCGGAGUCGAAAGGGGGAGAUGUCACCAUAAAACAAGGAUUUAUGGUGAAACGCUCCCAAAAUAAAAAGCGUUUCACCCCCGUCAAUUACAAACAACGUUGGUUCGUCCUGACUCGUCGACAUCUGAUUUAUUACGACGGGGAUGGAGAGGGGAGUUUAAAUGCUCUCAAGGUAUGGUACUAA